CGCCCGGUAUCCGGCGCUGUGCCUGGAUAAAGGUACCGGCUAGGCUGGAUGUAAAGCCUCUCAAGGGUCUGCCUCAGGAACUCAUCCCUUUGAAGGAUAACGGGACUUGGCAGCGUGCAGUCUCGGGCUCCUCCUCAUCUCUGGCCCCAGGAUUUUACAAGCUUUUCACAAGGGACUCAUGCUUGAGUCAGAGGAACAGAGGAGUUCUUUCCUGCCAUACUAACUGGAUUCCUGCAGGAAAAGGAACCUUAGCGUUCACAGACCGCAGCCGGUGGUCCUCCAGCCCCAGGACAACUGGAGCAAGAUAAGGAAGGAGCUGUCCAGCGCUGAGAAACUAGAAAGUGACCAUGGCUAAGGAGUGGGGCUAUGCCAGCCACAAUGGCCCUGAGCACUGGCAUGAACAUUAUCCAAUUGCCAAAGGGGACAACCAGUCACCCAUUGAGCUGCAUACUAAAGACAUCAAGCAUGACCCCUCUCUGCAACCCUGGUCGGCAUCUUAUGAUCCUGGCUCUGCUAAGACCAUCCUGAAUAAUGGCAAGACCUGCAGAGUUGUGUUUGAUGAUACUUACAACAGGUCUAUGCUGAGGGGUGGUCCUCUCUCUGGGCCCUAUCGACUCCGCCAAUUUCAUCUUCACUGGGGCUCCUCGGAUGACCAUGGCUCUGAGCACACAGUGGAUGGAGUGAAGUAUGCUGCUGAGCUUCACCUGGUUCACUGGAACCCAAAGUACAACACCUUUGGAGAAGCUCUAAAGCAACGUGACGGAAUUGCUGUUGUUGGCAUUUUUCUAAAGAUAGGGCGGGAAAAGGGAGAAUUCCAGAUUUUCCUUGAUGCCCUGGACAAAAUUAAGACUAAGGGCAAGGAGGCUCCUUUCACUCACUUUGACCCGUCCUGCCUGUUCCCUGCUUGCCGGGACUACUGGACCUACCAUGGCUCCUUCACCACGCCGCCCUGCGAGGAGUGCAUUGUGUGGCUGCUGCUGAAGGAGCCCAUGACAGUGAGCUCGGACCAGAUGGCCAAGCUGCGCAGUCUGUUCGCCAGCACGGAGAAUGAGCCCCCUGUACCUCUGGUGGGAAAUUGGCGCCCCCCGCAGCCGGUCAAGGGUAGGGUGGUGAGGGCCUCCUUCAAGUGAGGUCCGGAGUUUUCCCUCUUCAGGGAAGAAAACAUGCCCUGAAGAGUCGCCUGCCUGUCCCUGGUGCUCUGUGCGCUAAACUAUUCUCCAACACCCAGAGGAAAAAGACGGCAGCCACAUGAAACCGCAAUGCCUUUUGACACAUCUAACCCAGAAGCAUGAAUUUCACACCUAACCUUUGUAAUAACCACCUUUUCUACAAAAUUAGCAUUUCUAAUAUGGGUUCAGUGAGGAAGAAAUAGAAGAAUAGAGAUAUAGAACAGAGGCUUACUGGGCGUCUUAAAUUUCUCAGAACCUCAGGGCUCCUGUUUUCCAGCCCAGUUACUGACAGCACACAGGUCAUGUUGUGCCCACCCUCCCACAAGUUAAGACAAGUUAAGACAAUGUGUUUUACUCUUAAAUACCAGCAAAACUCCAUCGCUCAUUAAAAUUAUGCAUACUGUCAUGUUUGCUUGGUUUUAUUUGUCUGUAACACACACACACACACACACACACACACACACACGAUCAGGUAUUUUAAAAUGUUUGCUCCAGCAUAUGAAUUUCUUCUUCAUAAAGAUGAUUUUCUUUGCCCAAAGCAGGGCCAUUUCUUUUCUAUUUCACUACUUUUAUCUUUGCAUGCCUUUUAAAAUCAUCAUCAUAAUAAAAAUAAAAACUGUC